AUGUCUCGAACGACACUAUGGCGACAUCGUCAACGAGCUAAAAAGUUUAUUAAUGAUGAUGUUUUAAAUGAUGCCUCAUUAGAAGAUCAUCUCCGUGAUGAAGAAAACAAUAUUGAUCAUGAUGAAGAUGUAGCUACAAGUGAACUACAAUCAAAUAAUCAAAAUGAUUAUAAUGCUGGUGUAGAUCAAUGUAUCAAUGAUUUAAUCAAUGAUAAUAAUAAAUCAAAAUCAAUCGAACAUAUUCAAGAAGAACCAAACGAAUUGGAAUACGAUUCGAACUCAGAAAUUGAUGAACUUGAUAAUGAAGAAAUAUUUAAUUUAUCUGCUGAACCUACUGUGAAAGAUAUUGCUGCUGUUCUGAUCGUGCUUAAGAUUCGACAUCGGUUAUCCAAUCGCUGUAUCGAUCAUUUAUGUCAACUAAUGCGGAUACUCAAAACUCCAAAUGUGCCCAGCAAUUUUGCUCGUAUCAAAUCUAUGCUCGUAUCAGAAGAAACAACCAAUUUUACACCAACAAAAUUCUUUUGUUCUAGCUGUAAAUCAAUGUCCGAUAACGAAAAGCAAUGUUGUAAUCCAACGUGUAAAGAAAGUAGUGGCUUUAGUGCAAAGCCAAAUACUUUUGUUCGAAUACCUUUACGAUCUCAAAUACAGAAUGUAUUAUCCCGAUUUCCAUCGAGUUAUUUCGAAAAAGUACCAAAAUUCAAUCGUGAUUAUCCUUCGGAUAUUUCACAAGGGGAAGUAUAUAAAGAAAUUGUGAAAAAAGAAAAUAAUUUUAUAACUCUUCUGAUGAAUGUGGAUGGAAUCGAAAUCGCCACAAGUUCGAAAUCUUCUUUGUGGGUUAUUUCAUUUGUCAUUAAUGAACUUAAAAAGAAGGAAAGAUUUCAAAUUCAGAACGUUCUGGUGGGAGGUAUUGGUGCUGGUCGAUCAAAACCUUCUCGUGCAGAAAUGGGGUCAUACUUAAGACCAAUUGUAAAUGAAUUAUUGGGCUUACAACGAGAACAUCGGUUUCGAACAAGUGAUGGUGUUUAUUUAACUCUGAAAGUAUAUUUAAUCGCAGGUUCAUUUGAUAAGCCUGCACAGGCACUUGUACAGAACAUUGGUGAAGCUAAUGGCGGAUAUGGUUGCGGAAGAUGCUGUAUUAUGGGUAUAACAGUUCCUAUCAAUAAUGAUAGUUCAAAAAAAAUUCGUGUUUUUCCACUCAGAAGAAAUGAAAAUCACCCGAAACUUCGAUCGAAUUUUACUUAUGAUGUAAAAAUGGCAAUACCAGAACACUAUCGACCAAAAGAAAAAUAUACUCGACGAGAUUUUAUGCAUGGAUAUCUCGGUGAAUGUUCUCUAAGAGAACUUCGUUAUUUUGAUGUUGGUAGAGGCUUCGCGUUCGACACUCUUCACAAUCUAUACAGAGGAACAUUCAGUAGAAUGUUGGAUCUAUGGUUUGAAUCAACAUAUCGUAAAGAACCCUGGUCAUUAUAUUCCAAAAUAAAACAUGUCGACAUUCGUUUAUCAACUCAUAAAUUCCCGUCAACAACAUGUCGUAUUCCAAGAUCGAUUCUGAAAUACAAUCAGUUUAAAGCAAAUGAAUUACGAUCUGUACUUCUAUUUGGAUUUUCAUCAUUUUCAUUCUUACCGAGAAAGUACUAUCGUCAUUUUGUGUUACUUGUUAUUGCUGCACAUUUAUGCGAGUCAAGAAGUAUAAGUCCUGAUCAAUUAUCGUAUAUACGGCAAUUAACGACCGAAUUCGUUUAUCAAUUUCCGUUACUGUAUGGUGAUCGUCAAAAUGUUAUGUGUAUUCAUCUUAUUGUGCAUUUAGCUGAUUCUAUUAAAGAUUUUGGUGGCGUUUACAAUUAUUCAACUUUUAACUUCGAAAGUUAUCUAGGAACAUUACGAGAAACAGUCCAUUCAACACGUCGACACGCUUUAGAAGUUAAUUCUAAUAUAGGUAUUCUUCGUUCAUCAUGUUUAUGCAUUAAUGAAACAUCAUUUAAUCUUCGACUUAAAGAAUUUAUUAAACGUAUUCAACCAGCAGUGUUGAAUGAUCGAAAUUUAAAAUUUCAAAAUUCUGACAAAGUCAAGAAUAUUGAUUAUGAUAAGCUUAAGAAAACAAAUAUUCAAUCUCUCUUCGGUAAAGACAUUACAUUGUACAAAACAAUGACUUUUAAAGGUGUUAGAUAUACAACUGUCAUGUAUCAAACAAUUUCAGCAAAAAAUGAUUCGUGUGUAAUGUACAAGCUCGGUACGAAAAUAAGGAUUGGAUUUAUUAUUUCAAUUAUAAAAAAAUUAAAACAUGAACAAGAAUGCAUCAUUGAAAUUCGUGAUGUACCAAUUAAUCGAUAUCUAAGUGUUAAUAUUAAUGGUACGAAUAUCACAUGCUCGAAUAUUAUGUUCUCAAGUUCCACACAAUCGAAUAGUUCGUACUUUGUACGACCAAGUGACAUGAUAGAAAAACUUUCAUACGUGUUUGAUAAUUCUUUAAAAGCUUUCAUUUUAUUUCGUUUUCCAAAUAUGAUAGAAUCAUCUUAA